AUGUCUACCUCCAAGACUGGUAAGCACGGUCACGCCAAGGUCCACUUGGUUGCCAUUGACAUCUUCACCAACAAGAAGUUGGAGGAUCUUUCGCCAUCCACCCACAACAUGGAGGUUCCUUUCGUUAGCAGAACCGAGUUCCAAUUGUUGGACAUCGAUGACGGAUACUUGAACUUGAUGACCCAAGACGGUGAGACCAAGGACGAUGUCCGUGCCCCAGAGGGAGAGUUGGGAGAGAAGAUCCAAUCCGAGUUUGACGAAGGUAAGGACUUGCUCGUCACCAUCAUCUCCGCCAUGGGUGAGGAGGCCGCCAUCUCUUUCAAGGAAGCCCCAAAGAACUAA